GUUCCACAGCAUGACAGCCUCUCUCAGGAUGCGUGCUGCGGGAGCGGGUCCCAGCGGUCACAGCGGCACGGCUCAGUGCCACUCUCUUCCCCUGCACACAGCCCUCCAGAAGGUGGUUGGGUGGGCUGGGGACCCAGAGUGGGUAAAGGAUGGGGGUCCUGGCCACCACACGCCUGGACUGGUCAUGCCAGCCCCCUGAUCCUCCCCUAGGUUUGUUUUCCACACCACAACCUGCCAAAAUCUGAAGCACAGCCACAUCUCUGCCCUGCCCAGCAAGUCAUGGGGCAAUAUCGGCGUCUUUAAGAGUUUACAGAACAUAAUGUGCAUCUUGCGGCGGGCAGGCACAGGCGGGAGGCGUGGCAGGGCAGUGGGGGAAACCUGUAGAUCAUGUCUGAAAUAAGCACGUCUUGUGACACCCCAGCUGACCUCAGCCACCCACAGGAAGCACAGGGACAGCCUCCCUGGUGGGAUCUGCCUGGUUCCGCAACCCCCCUUCAAGUGUGUUUUGCUCUUGGCCACGGCUUCUCCAGCAUCCCUGCCACCACCACACCGUGGGACAUGGCUGCCCGGAGAGUAGCUAUCAUCGGUGCCGGUGCCUCUGGCCUGUGCACCCUGAAAUGCUGCCUGGAUGAGGGGCUGGAGCCUACCUGCUUUGAGAGGAGCAAGGACAUCGGGGGGCUCUGGCGCUUCGAGGAGCACCCCGAGGACGGCCGUGCCAGCAUCUACCGCUCCGUCAUCAUCAACACCUCCAAGGAGAUGAUGUGCUUCAGUGACUUCCCCAUCCCUGAGGACUUCCCCAACUACAUGCACAACUCCAAGAUCAUGGAGUACUUCCGCAUGUACGCCCAGCACUUCGACCUGCUCCGCCACAUCCGCUUCAGGACCAGCGUGUGCCGCGUGUCCAAGCGCCCCGACUUCGCCAGCAGCGGGCAGUGGGAGGUGGUGACGGAGAGCGAGGGGAAGCAGGAGGCAGCUGUCUUCGACGCCGUGCUGGUGUGCAGUGGGCACCACACCGACGCACACCUCCCGCUCAGCUCCUUCCCAGGGCUGGAAAAGUUUGAGGGCUGGUACCUGCACAGCCGGGACUACAAGAGCCCUCAGCCCUUUUUGGGAAAGCAGGUGGUUGUGGUUGGCAUCGGGAAUUCAGGCAUCGAUAUCGCAGUGGAGCUGAGCCACUCAGCCAAGCAGGUUUUUCUCAGCACCAAGCGUGGGUCCUGGGUGCUGCACCGGGUGGCAGAGAGUGGGUACCCCUCUGACUUCAGCUACAUGAGUCGCUUCACGCAGCUCCUCCAGUACCUGCUGCCUCCAAAUGUCAUCAAUUUUUUCAUGGAGAGGAAGCUGAAUGCCCGCUUUGACCACACACUCUAUGGCCUAAAGCCCAAGCACCGGGUCUUUGACCAGCACCCGACCGUCAAUGAUGACCUGCCCAACCGCAUCAUUUCAGGCAGGGUGCGGGUGAAGCCAAACAUCCAGGAGUUCACAGAGACAUCUGCCAUCUUUGAGGAUGGCACCAGGGAAGAUGUCGAUGCUGUGGUCUUUGCCACAGGAUACAGCUUCUCCUUCCCAUUCCUUGAGGGGUUCAAGGUGGUGGAGAAUCAGAUCCCUCUCUACAAAUUCAUGUUCCCUCCUGACCUAGAGAAGCCGACGCUGGCUUUCAUUGGCUUCAUCCAGCCCCUGGGUGCCAUCAUGCCCAUCUCUGAGCUCCAGUGUCGCUGGGCCACCCGUGUCUUCAAGGGGCUGCAGGGCCUGCCACCGCCCGCCGACAUGCUGGCUGAAAUCACACAAACCAAGGAGAGAAUGGCUCAGCGGUACGUGAAGAGCCGGCGGCACACCAUCCAGGUGGAUUACAUCCCGUACAUGGACGAGCUCGCCUGCCAGCUGGGGGUCAAGCCCAACGUGCUCACCCUGUUCCUCACGGACCCCAAGCUGGCGCUGGAGGUGGUCUUUGGGCCCUGCACGCCGUACCAGUACCGGCUGCGGGGCCCAGGCGCGUGGGCGGGCGCCAGGGAGGCCAUCCUGACCCAGCAGCAGCGCGUGGUCAGGGCCCUGCAGCCUCGGGCCAGCGGUCGCCCUGCCCGCUCCAGCGCCGUGCCCCACGUCCUCACGGUGCUCUUCAGCAUCGGCAUGAUUGUGGCCACCCUCGUCUAUGUCUCGCUCUCUCCUUAGCCUGAAGUGAAGGAGAUAGCGGGUCCUCCCGGCAAUUUUCUCCUUUUCCCUUGGGCUAUGUCUGUUGUCUCUCGCUAGGUGUGCUGGAGCACGGACGGAGUCGUUCGAUCAAGGUGCAGCCUGGUCUGUUGCACCUUCCCGCUGUGGUACCACCAAGUCUGCUCUGAGAACAGGGAUCACUCCCCUUCUCUAAAUCCUGGCCCGGCAGCCGCACGAGCUCUGUCUAUGGGUUAGGUCACAGAGGUGGUGGGGAAACUGGGAACGUGCCCAAGCGGGGCUCCUCGGGAAAGGGCAGUAAAGCUUGUCCCGCCACAGUG